AUGGCUGAUGCAUUACCAGGACAAGGAUGUCUUAUACAUGUAUCAUACGUCACGUUAUCUCCUACUCAGACAUCCAAGGCACUUGAAGGAAAUAAAGGUCUAUUGGAAAAACUCUUAAAACUUACCAGUAAUGAGACAUAUCCCAAGUAUGAAGACUACAUUUCUACGUGUCAAGGUAUGCUAAGGGUCCUGAACAAUGCUUUGGAAGCAAUAUUACCCAAAACAUCAGUGGAUACACCAACAACAUUAGAUAUAUAUACCAUAAUGACGGAUAUAUCCAGCAGACAGGAGUUAUCGGAGCCAAACGACGCUGAUCUGACGCCUACAGAAAGAGCAUUUAUUGCUUCACAGAUCGCUAUGAAUAAUGAACUUGAGGCGAAUAAAAAAAAUGACGAUGUUCAAAACGAGGUUCAAGUACUAUUGGAUAGUAUUUCCUACUUAGGCCACGUGCUUCAGAUGCUGAACAAUCGUAAACAGAUGCCUGUUUACGUUCAAAAUGGACACAUCAAUUCAACAGAAGACAAGAAACUGAUUGGGGAGCUGAUUAAGAAAGGGUUUCAAAUCAAUGAAGUAGAUUUAAGUUUUGUAGAAUCAAAUUCCCAGUCUACACAAGAGCAAGCCAUACAGGUAACAUUAUAUGACCACACACCAUUUUCGUGGGAUGAGGAGUCUAAGUUCAUAUCAUCUAAGACCGUUACUGUGUCAGUGGGAGAAGGCAAUACAACAAACUCAGCAAUACCAUCGAAAAUCAAACUUCAGAAUUCUGGUUUAGUACCAACAAGAAAAACUAUUAAAGUAGCCAUUCCAGUUGAUAAAAAUGAGAUCACUUCACAAAUGCUAGUGUACAAAAUGUACUGGAAGACACCUGCGGACAGCUUGAUAAUCAGUAUAAAUAGCCCAAUAAUCCAUCUCAAUCACACUAUUUACAUUCGGAAUACAGAACCUCCAACGGAAGACGAAUAUGACUGGAUGAAAGUUAUAGAAUCCAGCGACUGGUUAUCAACCAGCGAAAUUAAAGUAAUACUUGACGGUGGACUAUACACCGCCCCAACAAAUGUGUAUGUUGGAGUCUUUGUUCAAAAAGGUAUAUCUAUUUAA